CUAACAUGGGGUUACUUCAGCAUGAAAGUAAGUAAAUUAAUUAACAAAUGUCAAACUCCUGGAAUUAUAUAAUUGCCUUGUAAUGGUUCAUACAAUGUGCUCAUUCUUCAAAAGAAGAAGAAAAAGAUAUGGAGAAAAACAAGUUUCUAACAAGUCUAGUAGUUCUAAUACUUCUGUUGUCAUGUGUAAAUGCAACCAUGUCAGGGCCUAAACGUCCUAAAGCUCGCAAGCACUUCGUGCUUGUUCAUGGGGCUUGCCAUGGAGCAUGGUCUUGGUACAAGACUAUGGCGUCGAUAAAAACAACAGGGCAUAAUGUAACAGCUCUGGACUUGGGUGGUGCAGGGGUCAACCAGAGACAAGUCCUUCAAAUCCCACAUUUAUCUGAUUACUUUAGACCACUAAUGGAGUUCAUGGAUUCUCUUCCAGCAGAUCAAAAAGUGAUUCUUGUUGGCCAUAGCCUUGACGGAUUUGCCAUAUCUAAAGCCAUGGAAAGCUUUCCUGAAAAGAUUUCAGUUGCUAUAUUUGUCACUGCUCUAAUGCCUGGUCCAAUUCUUGAUGCAGCCACCGUCUUCAAUGAGUCAUCCAGUGGAGCAAUAUUUAAACUUGAUAAUCGUCUUACAUUCGAUAAUGGACUUGCCAAUCCUCCAACAACCUUCAUCUUUGGCCCGAAGUACUUGGCGAGUUAUCUUUAUCCACUGAGCCCAAUUCAGGACUGGGCACUGGCUACUACAUUAGUAAGGCCAAUUUAUUUUCACAGUUUGGAUGAAAUAUCAAAGGAGAUAGUUCUUUCAAACAAAAAUUAUGGAUCAGUUAGACGAGCGUACAUUGUGGCAGCCGAAGAUAAAAUUCUAAAGAAGGAAUUUCAACAGUUAAUGAUUGAAAAGAAUCCGCCAGAUCAAGUGGAAGAGAUUUCAGGAUCUGAUCACAUGCCCAUGAUGUCUAAGCCUCGUCAACUUUUUACUCUUCUUAUGCGUAUUGCCAAUAAAUGACAAGCUAUCUUAAUAGCUUAAACCAGCUUGUGAUUGCAUAUUCAUGAAUAAUGCAUAGUUGAAAUAAAAUUAGAUUACCCUUUGU